AGUCCGCCUCUUCCGGUCAUCUGACUUGUUGGCUCGUUUGUGGUCGCGCGUCUUUCAGUGUUGGCGGGUAUUUGUAGGCUGUGAGACCUAUACAGAUCCCUUUAGCUUACCACAAAUAAGCUAUACUUUACUGUUCAAGGUAUUUAUUAUUAUCGAGAAAAUGUCUGAUUGGGUCAGAGGCAGACGACGUGAUGCUCCCAAUAGCGAACAUGAUAAAAGGAGCAUUGACCUGCCUCGGUGGUCCCACUGCAGGAAGAGAGGGAUCGAUGGAAACCUGCGGGCCAACAGAGAAGUAGGGGACAGUGACAGAGAAAACAGCGGGGACACUGACGGCAUCUACAGAACCUCUGACAACAGACAUACCAGUUUCACCACUCCAGAGUCUGCAGGCCCAGUGUCUCGCCGUGGUAGACAUGAUGACUGGGGCAGCCAGGUGGAGGAUGACGAGAUGAGGAGGGAUGUACAUAGAGACAUGCAGCGUUACAGGAGGAGGAUACUGGGUGCAGAGGUUGCCCAGAGAGAGAGAAAGACCUCAUCUGGCUCCUCUGGAAGCUGCGACUCCAGAGAAGGAGAAACCAUGGAGACAGACGAAGCUGUGUUGCUACGGCGACAGAAACAGAUCAACUACGGCAAAAAUACGUUGGCCUAUGACCGAUACAUCAAGGAAGUUCCAAAACAUAUGCGUCAGCCGGGUGUUCACCCAAAGACACCCAAUAAGUUUAGGAAAUACAGCCGUCGCUCCUGGGAUCAGCAGAUCAAACUGUGGAAGGUCAAACUGCACGCCUGGGACCCCCCAGCAGAGGUGGUCCAAGAUAAAGUCCUUGAUAACAUUGAGGAGCUGGAUCUUGAUGAUGUAAUGGACAUUGAGCUGGACUUCCCAACCCUGUCAGACUCUCAGAAUCCCCCAGCCUCUGUCACCACACACAGCCUUUCACAGGAGGGUGAAGACUGCUCGGGUACUCCAGUUAAACUACAGAAGACAGAAACCUCAACGGAACCUGACAUGGCAUAGCUCAUAACUGGUCUUGUCCAAGAACAUGUUCACACACACAUCUCAGAUAUUUUCUAAAUAUGUACAAUUUUAAAUACUAAAGGGCGCCAAUUCAGUUGUAUUGAGCUGUGAUUUGUUUUUACAUAAGGACUUUUUUUUUUCCUUAAAAA